AUGAGCCUUAAGGCUGCAUGGCCUUGGCUGCAAUUGACCGACCCUGAGCGCACGUGGGCUGGGUCGAAGCUUCCCUGUGACGAUGCCGACAUGGCGCUUUUCAGGGCUUCCACCAAGAUCACUAUUGGCAACGGGAAGCUGGCCUCCUUCUGGCACGACAACUGGAAAAAUCGCACAGAUGCCAAAGAGUUGAGCGACAACAACUGGAUCCGCUCCGUCAUCACGAUUAGCAUGCCCACCCAGCUGGCACAAUAUUUGGAGCUUUGGGACAUCAUCCAAUCUGUCACCCUCGUCCUUGAGCAACCAGACUCCAUAUCUUGGACCCUCACUUCCGACGCAACUUACAGUGCCAGCUUUGCUUAA